GAUUUACUGAAUAAUAUUAUAUUUUUCUAGAGUUAAAAUUUUAUACCAUUAUAACUAUCUUUAAAAUAAUAUAAACAGUAAAAAAAUGCUUCUCUCUUCAUGAUGAGCAUGAAAUAAUAAGCUCUACGUAAAUAAUUGUCAAGCCUCUACUAGGGAAACUUAAAUAACUAAUAAUUAACAAAAAAGUUGCAAUUAAUUAUCGGUUUAAAAUUGCAGAAGGAAAGGUUUUUCUAUUUUAGGAAGUUGUCGAAUGCUACAUAAAAUAAAAUUAAAAAGGGUGCAACUAAUUAAGUUUGCUUGCAACUUAUUAGUGGUCAGUUAAAAGAAUGUAACAUAAUAUUAUUGAAUAAAGUGUAUUAGUAAUAUUGUAAUUAUUUUUUAUUCGGAGUUUGAUUUGGUGUAUUAAGAAUAAUUUUAUCUUUGAUCAUUUUUAUUCAUUUAUGAAUUAUUCUUGUAUUUAUGAAUUGUUUGGUAGCAGAAUAGAAUAUGUAGAUAUUAGUAAUAUAUGAAUUAGUUUUGAUUAAAUUUUUUUAUAUUAGUUUAUGCCAUCAGAGGAUUUAGUUAUUUAUGUAUUAUCAAAUUAUACAUAAAUUCUCUAAUAACUUAUACAUGUAUUGAUUAUUCAGAUUUCUAAAUUAUAUAUCAAACAUUAUAUUAAUAUUAUACAUAUAUAAUCCUAACCAAUUACCAAACAUGAUAUUACUUACACAGAAUCUAAUACUUUUAUAAUAUUUCUCCUAGCUAAUGUUAAAAAAAAUACUACCUCACAAAUAUUCCUCUUAUUUCGUGUAUGCGAAUUUGUGAGGUAAUACAGACUUAAGAAAAAAUAUUCAAACAAUAAUUUGAAUCAUAUUUUUCAUUAUCCCAAAUCAAACACCAUAUUAAUUUUUUAGAUAAUUUUAAAUAUAACAUUACACAUACAUAAUAUAUUUCCUAAUCAAUUAUCAAACGAUCCCUACUUGUACCUAAGUUAAAAUUAUAAACCACAAAACAAGAAUUUCUGAAAUAUACAUGGCAUUAUUACCAAUCUAAUUUAUGUAUUUUUUUGUGCUUCUUUCAAUUAUUUGACAAUAUUAACAAUCCCUAAAUUCAUGGAGAGAAAUAAAAUUGAGAAAUUUUCGUUUAGUUUUAACAAAUUCAUGCUAAAUUUUCUUUGCGUCUAUUACUCCAUUUAUUUAGUUAAAAACUCAAACUAAUCAGCGUAACAACUGCUAAACUAAAAUACUCAGAACUCUGUUUUGCUCUGUUUUAUUCUGUAUUGCUCUGUUUUGAUCUUCAUCAAUUCAAAUGGAACUGAUCAAGAUUCAAUCUUUUUCAUUUCUAUUCACAAUCUUGAUUCUUUCAUCAUCUUCAUUGCCUCACCGUCAUCGUCACAAUCGUCGUCAUCAUCGUAGAAACUCACAGCUUAUACCGACUAUAUUUCAUCCACCGUUUAUACCAUCAAAUGUAAAUGGUGAAUGGGUACUUUUACAUGAAUCAAUUGGUGUUUCUGCAAUGCAUAUGCAGCUUCUCUACAACAACAAAGUGAUCAUUUUCGAUAGAACGGAUUUCGGAGCUUCUAAUCUCUCACUUCCACAAGGAAAAUGUCGUUUCGAUGAUGAAGUUCUUGAUGUUGAUUGCUCUGCUCAUUCUGUUCUUUAUGACAUUUUAUCAAACACUUACCGUCCACUCAUGGUUCAAACUGAUGUUUGGUGUUCCUCUGGUGCACUCAACUCCGAUGGUACAUUAAUUCAAACCGGUGGAUACCAUACCGGGGAUCGUAAAAUCCGGCUGUUUUCGCCGUGUGAUGGUGAUUGUGAUUGGACUGAAUUACCGCAAAAUUUAACGGUUCAGAGAUGGUAUGCUUCUGAUCAUAUACUCCCUGAUGGACGUGUAAUCAUUGUUGGUGGAAGAAAAGCUUUCAGCUAUGAAUUUUUCCCCAAAACAAUGGACGAAAAUGGUGGGGGUUUUCAGCUUCCAUUCUUAGUGGAAACUACAGACCCAAUUGAAGAAAACAAUCUUUACCCAUUCUUGUACAUUUUACCCAACGGAAAUCUCUACAUUUUCUCAAAUCAACGAUCAAUUGAACUAGAUUAUGUUAAUCACAAUGUUCUCAGGGAAUUCCCCAUGAUUCCCGGCGAGAAACGGAGUUAUCCGGCAACUGGGUCUUCGGUAAUGCUUCCGUUACGUUUACGUCAGGGUCAGGAACCGGUGGUGGAGGUGAUGAUCUGCGGCGGUGCGUGGGGUGGCGCGUAUGUUAAGGCAUUGGAAGGGGAGUUUUGGCGGGGUUCAAGUUCAUGUGGGCGAAUGAGAAUAACGGAUCCGGAUCCGAAAUGGGUCAUGGAGGAAAUGCCUUUGGGUCGGGUCAUGCCGGAUAUGUUGUUGUUACCUACAGGAAAUGUGCUUAUACUAAACGGGGCGGCGAAUGGAGCAGCCGGGUGGGAGAACGCGAUUGACCCGGUUUUAAACCCGGUUCUUUACCGACCCGAUGAACCCGACCCGAGGAGAAGAUUCACUGUGCUCACCCCUACUAAAAUUGCAAGAAUGUACCAUUCAUCAGCAAUUUUACUGCCAGAUGGGAGGAUAUUAGUGGGUGGUAGUAAUCCGCAUGCAACGUACAACUUUACAGGCGUAAAGUACCCGACAGAAUUAAGCUUAGAGGCGUUUUCACCACCUUAUUUGGCUACACAAUACGCGCAUCUAAGACCUUUAAACCAAGCCAUCGAUGUGGGACAAGUUAUAUCGUACGAUCAACAGUUCUCGAUCACGUUCACUCUACCGUUCCCGCAGCCCGAUGCAGAGUUCAUGGUGAGCAUGAUCCCACCUUCAUUUACAACACACUCAUUUGGGAUGAAUCAAAGGUUGUUGUUUUUGGAAAUUGUGAGAGUAGAAAGGUUUUUUAUGUUUGGUUAUAGAGUUAUAGUGUUUGCACCUCCAACAAGGAAUGUUGCACCUCCAGGAUAUUAUAUGGUAUUUGUAGUUCAUCAAGGUGUUCCUAGUCAUAGUGUUUGGGUGAAAAUACAGUGACCAUUAUAGCAAUUUUUUACUAUAUUGUUUUUGAGUUUAGAUCACAUGUGAGAUAUUUUGCUAGGUGCAUCAUAUUUUUUUGUAUGGAGUUGGAAUAAAAAAAAAGGAUUUGAGUAGUUGAUUAUUUAUAUCACCAUGUUUAGAGUG